ACUUGCUACAAACGAAAGCAGUGUCCUACACACAUUGAUACGUAAUAAAAAGUGCGCGAAAAAAAAAUCACAUCUUUACGAACUAUUGCAAUUUAUAUCGCCACCUACUGUUGUGGAGGUAGAACAAGACUACGCUUCUGUUUCCUGAUGUAAAUAGCUGUCAUUUUCUGCGUUGUAGUUGUGCUAGUCUAUUGCUUUGUCAUUGCGGUGGUGUGUCGUUUAGUUCAUCUCAAACCGGAUGUACCUGGUUUCUUAAACUUUGAAAACAGAAGGAAAAUUAAAAGUCGUGCUGAGAGAUGGAGGAUCAGACCUACAAUGUAAAGCUCUAUAUUUAUGACAUAUCAAAGGGACUUGCUCGCCAGCUGAGUCCUAUGCUGUUAGGAAAACAACUCGAAGGAAUUUGGCACACAGCAAUUGUAAUCCAUGGAAUGGAGUAUUUCUUUGGAGGACAGGGUAUAGCAAACUGCCCACCGGGUGCUACACUGCUGGGAGAGCCUGAUUCCAUAGUGGAUUUGGGAAACACAGAAGUUUCUAAGGACAUAUUUACAGAAUAUCUUUCAUCCCUUCAGGAGUCCACAUUCAGACCAGAGACAUACCAUCUUUUCGAGCACAACUGUAACACUUUCAGUAGUGAGAUAGCCCAGUUUUUAACAGGAAGAAAAAUUCCAUCAUACAUUACUGACCUACCAUCUGAUGUCCUUUCCACCCCUUUUGGACAAACGCUGCGUCCUUUGAUUGAAUCUGUCACCAUUGUCCCAUCUACCAACAACUCUUUCAAUGGACCCCAUGGACAGAGGCAGAGGCUUGUUCUUGACACAUAGUGGAUUCUUCCUGGAUCUUGAAGUCUGCUUUUGUGUUGACUUUUAUUUGAUGUGCAGUCACAUAUGAAAGUCACACAACCUUGUUCAAAGCAAAUUCAAAAUACCUUCUGUGGAACUGAUUCUGGCUUUUAUGGCUGCUAUUUGUGUUUUAAAUUAUGCAGCGUACUGUAUGUACUACUGUAUAUGACACUGUGCGGCAUUACAAUAGUGGUAAAAGGCACAAACAAGAACUUGAAGUGUAAAAUUUUGUGAAAUCAUACUCUGAGUAAUAAAGCUUUAGAUUAAUACUUUGAGUAAUAUGCAGAGUAAUAUAUCGCAAAUAUUUUUGUCUUCCUGACACAGGUGUGCUAUUUUUAUUAGCAAAAUGUUUAGUUUGUCAAUUUCUAAAACAAAAACAGCUAAUAAAAUAUAAGAAUUUUAAUAUUUUUUUAUUAAUAAAAAAAUUCUAAAAGCCUUAACUGUCUGUAAAAUGUGUGAUGUGCAAAGUGGGCCUACAUUCAUACUUAUACCAAAUACAAUAAAAUACAAAUGGGAACAUAUUGAUGAUCACUUUUGUAAAUGAAUGUGUUAUGCCAUAGAGGCAUUACUUUACUGAUUGAUUUUCUUUUUCUUGGUAACCUCCAUUCACUUCUUGUCCAUUUGUCUGCAUUGCUGUUUGGCCCAUGUCCAGUUGAUUUAUUGUAUCCUUUCCAACUUUUUUUGUUGACAUUUAUUAAUUUUACAUAUGCAAUUUUUUCAGUUUUGUAACUUUUUUUUUUAAAUCCACAAAGGUUUUAUUAACAGGAAAUUUGGAUUAUAAGUGAAAUACUUAUUAAAUUAAGUUGGUUUUAGUGGUUUGUAAAAUAAUGUUAUUGUUUAACAAUAUAAUCUUCCCUAAACAACAGGGGAAUGUCAUGAAAUGUAAAUGCCGUUUAUUGUGAUGCUGUUUGUCUGCUUGAAGGACUUGGGUAAUUCUAGUGUUGCAAUAAAAGUGGCCACUAAGUGGCAGAAGUACUGCAGACUUUUACACUUUUCACACUUGGAAAACCAAGUUAAACGUACAUUGACAUUUAUAAAUGCAAUAUUUUUUAUUUAAAUUAGCACUAUAUUGUGAUUACUGUGUAGUUGUAUAAUAACUGCCAUAACUCGCAAUAAAUGUUAUUCUAAA